AUGGCCUCUUACACGACGGACCGUCCUUCGUCGCCUUCUUUCGUCCCCUUCGCCCCCAAACCACUCCCACUCGACCUCAUCGGCGUGUCGAGCAGCCUCGGCCUCGACAAGAUGUCGUCGCCAAUACCGGACGCCAGCAGCGCUGGUGUACUUGAUACUCUCAACGGCGUCGCCAACCAGCUCGAUCCAGGCCCUGUGCUGCCUCCGCCCUCCGUUUUACCCACCAGUUCGAUUGGGGGCUUUCCCAAUGACCCAGCAUCACCCGUCGACUUGUCGGGCCUAUCGCCAGAGGUUGUCGCCCGUCUCGAGCACAUUGUCAACAAUUUCCGUUCCCUGAACGGCAACGGCUUUGCAACGGGCACGUUGUCUGCCCCGUCGUCGCAAUCGUCCUUGCCACCGGCAACACAAGGGCUGCUCUCCUCACUCGGGGCGCCGCCGAGGGAGGAUUCAUACUACCUCAUCGAGAAACGCCGCCACGAUGAUACAAAAGAACUGCUGUCCAACGCCGAGCAGCGCAUCGAGUCCCUUCUCAUGGAACAGGACGAGCACAACGGUAUCAUGGAAGAUUUCCGAAUCGACAACCGGGACCUGAAAGACCAGUUGGAGGCUAGGGACCUCGAAAUUGACAAUCUACACAAACAUAUUGCACAGCUCGGACACGUUGACCAACAGCUGCAGAUGCAAAUUGCCCGGCAGCAGACGCUUGAGAUGCAUCUGCAGAUCGAGAGAGAGGGACGGAAAGCUGUCGACGACGAAUUGACCGUCAGCCGACGCGCCCACGGAAGCGACCUGCAGAAGCUGGAUGUUGAGCGAAAGCAACAUGCGGCCACCACCGCCGUCGUUGAGAAGCAGAGUGAAGAGAUCCGCGAGCUACAACAGCAGCUCGACGCGGCCAACAAGCGCGUGGCGGCACGGGAUCGCAUGCUGGCAGACGCCGAGGCUGAGAAGCGGACAUUACAGGCUACCGUCUUUGACGCUCGCCACAACAUUGAAGAGACAGCGGCCGUCUUUGGCGAGGCGUCUCUGGCCUUCAACACGGAGGUCGACCGCCUGAUGAACACGCUGCUGUCUAUGAAACUGUCAGCCACGCCGCGGGCCGUGCUACCGGUGCAAACGCCGCAGCCGACACUACCGUCGACGCCGACACUACCGCCGACGCCGCCAAGGAGAUGA